AUGUUCCUUCCACCUGGAAGUGUGCCGGAGCCUUUGUCUGAAAAAACUCCCGAUGACUGGACCCCAUUCCGUAAUCGCACUGAAUUCGAGACGGCUGAGUUCUUCUUCAUCGAAAAUCAGACGCCAGCCACUCAAAUUAACAGAUUGCUUGAUCUGUGGGCUUCGACUCUCACCAAGCACAAUGAUAGACCUCCGUUUGCUGACUAUCGCGAUCUCUACAAGACUAUUGACAACAUUCCAGUUGGCGAUGUGAAAUGGCAGUCUUUUUCCGCGCAAUACACUGGCGCACGACCGGACGUUGCACCACCCUGGAUGGAUCAAACAUUCGAUGUUUGGUACCGAGACCCGCAUCAGGUUGUUCGGAACAUGCUCGGGAACCCCGACUACGUACAAGAGUUCGAUUACCGCCCUUAUCGCGAGUUUUCAACUGAUGGUGAUGUCCGUCAAUGGAAGGACUUUAUGUCCGGUGAUUGGGCCUGGAAUCAAGCUGAUUUAAUUGCAACUGACCCAGAGACACACGGAUCAACAUUCGUGCCGGUGGUCCUGGGCAGUGACAAAACCACGGUCUCCGUCGCAACUGGAAAUAAUGAGUAUUACCCUCUCUACGCCUCAAUAGGCAAUGUCCACAACAAUGUCCGGCGUGCACACCGCGAGGCACUUGCUAUUGUUGGAUUUCUCGCUAUCCCUAAAACAACAAAAGAACAUGCGUCUGAUCCGAAGUUCCACAAGUUUCGGCGCCAAUUAUUCCAGUCGUCCCUCGCCAAAAUUCUUGAGAGGCUUCGGCCUGGCAUGACCAAGCCCGAAGUCGUGCGCUUUGGUGAUGGUCAUUUCCGGCGUGUCGUCUAUGGUCUAGGACCUUACAUUGCCGAUUACGAGGAACAGGUAUUAUUGGCCUGUAUUGUUCGAGGCUGGUGUGCUAGAUGUCUAGGACCACGCAUCAAUUUAGACGAACCAGCGAGUGAGCGCUGCCGUGAACACACAGAAGCACUCGUCGAAGAAGCAACCCUGGGUGACUUAUGGGAUGAGUAUGGCAUUGUUGGUGAUCUCGUCCCUUUCACGAAUGAUUUCCCUCGAGCGGACAUUCACGAACUCAUCGCCCCUGACCUUUUGCAUCAGUUGAUAAAAGGUACAUUCAAAGAUCACAUUGUAGAUUGGGUCGAGAAGUACUUGCAUCAGACGCACGGAAAAAUGGCGGCCAAGCGUAUCAUGGACGACAUUGAUCGAAGGUAUCAGUGGACGGGCGAUGACUCCAAGGCAUUAAUGAAGGUAUAUUUACCCGCUAUCGAGGGACAUGUGCCCAUAGAGGUAGUUCAAACAUUCCGCGCAUUCCUCGAGUUUUGUUACCUCGUCCGCCGAAACAUUAUCACGGAGAAGACGCUCGACAAAAUCCAGGACGCUCUGGACCGUUUCCACCGGUACCGAGAAAUUUUCAAGACUACCGAAGUCGUUGAAACGUUCUCACUUCCCCGUCAACACUCCCUCCAGCACUACAUUCACCUCGUUCGCCUUUUCGGUGCGCCAAACGGUCUAUGUUCCUCAAUUACCGAGUCAAAACACAUCAAAGCAGUCAAAGAACCUUGGCGGCGCUCAAGUCAGUACAAGGCACUUGGUCAGAUGCUGGUCACUAACCAGCGCCUCGACAAACUAGCGGCAGCACGAACUGACUUCACAACCCGCGGGAUGCUCGACGGGACGUGUCUUUCGGCAGCUAUCAACGCAUUAGGUGAGUUUAACAAUACUACAUUCGAUAUCCGAAUUGCAAACGAUGAGCCUGGAAAUCCUUUGCGAGAGGACACCGAGCCUGAGGUGAAUGUGCAGGAAGACGAGGAUGUUGGGGAUGUUGAAAUAGACACUGGCCCAACCGUUAUCCAAGCACAUGUGGAAUUGGCGAAGACUCCUCAACGUAACCGCGCCCGCACGGUGUCUGCAUUAGCGUUGGAGUUGUCAAUUCCCCAGCUCCCGAACAUGUUGUCCCGCUUCCUUUUUGCGCAACUCAAUCCGAACGACCCUCGUGAUCCAUUGCAAAUUCCUCCCGCGGAUUGUCCACAAUACGACGAACGAAUCAGUGUCUUUAAUUCGGCGUGUUCGAGGUUUUUUGCCCCCAGCGAUCUCAGUGGCAUUGGCGGCAUGCGCCGCGAGCACAUCCGUGCAUGUCCAGCAUGGAGAAAGGAGCACCCGCGCUAUGACUGCAUCUUCGUCAAUACAAAUCCAGACCUUGAGGGAAUGAGGGGGAUGGAUGUUGCCCGAGUACUGACAUUUUUCUCUUUCACUUACAGGGCUGAAACAUAUCCAUGUGCAGUUGUGCGGUGGUUCGACACUCUCGGAGAGUUGCCUGAUGACGACACCGGUAUGUGGAUGGUGCAGCCCGCUCACCAUGCCAACAACGCUCCCCAUAUUGCCAUCAUCCAUGUUGACUCGAUAUACCGCGCUGCUCACCUUAUUCCCGUCUACGGCAGUCGAUUCAUUCCCCCCAACCUCCAGCAUUAUCAGACAUAUGAUUCGUUCCGCAGAUUCUACAUCAACAAAUACGCCGACCAUCACUCUUUCGAAAUUGCAUCAUAG